GCAUUUUUGAUUGGUCAGAGUAGAGCCAAUGGCGCUAGCACUGCUGCCAUUGGUUGGAAAACUAGGUUAGUGGUCCGACAGGCAUGACGGCGAAGAGAAACUGGGUCACCGAUUGAAAAUCGUUUAUAUCACAGUUCUUUGACUAUCUACAACACAUUACCCAGCGGUCUUCAAUGGAUAGUCAAAUCGUAAUAGUUAUGCUGGCUUCACCUGGUACCUAGGGAUCAGAUCAGAUUGGGAGAACAUUACCUACCUACCAGACAUCAUACAAGAUUCAAGCCAUCUGCACUGAUCUGCGUACUACUCGGCCAGUCAAGGAGGCCAGUUCCUGUUUCUUAUCCAGAUAAUUCAAGUAGCUCUUUCCCCAUUAUCUGAGGGCUCAAGAGUGGAUGGAAGGAGAUGAUUUUAACACAGAGGCUGUGAUGAACAUCUGUGAUGACCUGAUGGCAGACCAAAGGAUGGACAUCUCCUCUACAAUGACCGACUUCAUGUCUCCCAGCUCUACCGACCUCAUCUCCAGCUCGAUCAGCACUCCUGGCAUGGACUACACUCGGAAAAGGAAGGGCAGCACCACAGAAUAUCAAAUCGAUGGCUUCUCAUUUGAUGAUAUGGACUCAGACAAAGAUAAACUGGGAAGUGACCAACCAGGCCGCAUAAAGAAUGCCAGAGAGGCUCACAGCCAAAUUGAGAAGCGUCGAAGGGACAAGAUGAACAGCUUUAUUGAUGAGCUGGCGUCACUGGUGCCCACAUGUAAUGCCAUGUCCCGUAAACUAGACAAGCUGACAGUUCUUCGCAUGGCCGUUCAGCACAUGAAGACACUCAGAGGAGCAGCAAAUCCAUAUACAGAGGCCAACUACAAGCCUUCCUUCCUUUCUGAUGAUGAGCUGAAACAUUUAAUACUAAGGGCUGCUGAUGGCUUCCUGUUUGUGGUUGGAUGUGAUCGAGGAAAGAUUCUUUUUGUUUCGGAAUCGGUUUACAAGAUUCUAAACUACAGCCAGAAUGACCUCAUAGGUCAGAGUCUCUUUGACUACUUACAUCCCAAGGACAUCGCCAAGGUCAAAGAACAGCUGUCUUCUUCGGAUACAGCCCCUCGUGAAAGGCUCAUAGAUGCUAAAACUGGUCUUCCGGUGAAGACGGACAUCACGCCUGGGCCAUCUAGACUUUGCUCUGGUGCCAGACGGUCAUUUUUCUGUCGGAUGAAGUGCAACAGGCCGUCUGUCAAAGUCGAAGAUAAAGACUUUCCCUCAACCUGCUCAAAGAAAAAAGCUGAUCGCAAGAGCUUCUGCACUAUCCAUAGCACAGGAUACCUAAAAAGUUGGCCGCCCACAAAGAUGGGUCUUGAUGAAGACAACGAGCCUGACAACGAAGGGUGCAACUUGAGUUGCCUGGUGGCCAUUGGUCGACUACACCCGCAUAUUGUCCCCCAGCCUAGCUUGGCAGACAUCAGAGUGAAGCCCACCGAGUAUGUUUCCCGGCAUGCCAUUGAUGGCAAAUUUGUCUUCGUUGACCAGAGAGCAACAGCCAUUCUAGCCUACCUACCGCAGGAGCUCCUCGGAACAUCCUUCUAUGAGUAUUUUCACCAGGAAGACAUCGGCCAUCUGGCAGAGUGCCACAGACAAGUGUUGCAGAUGAGAGAGAAGAUUAACACAAACUGUUACAAAUUCAAGAUCAAAGAUGGCUCUUUCAUCACACUGAGGAGCCGAUGGUUCAGCUUUAUGAACCCCUGGACCAAGGAAGUGGAAUACAUUGUCUCCACGAACACGGUUGUGUCGUGUCCUAUGAUGGAAGGUUCAGAAUACACUCAAUCUGUUGCCUCCCCACAGAGUAUGGACAGUGUUCUCCCUUCAGACGUAGGUGGAGGGAGACGGGCAUUGCAGACGGUGCCUGGCAUUCCCGGUGGCACUCGAGCAGGAGCUGGAAAAAUUGGAAGAAUGAUCGCAGAGGAAGUGAUGGAGAUCCAAAGGAUCCGAGGCUCCUCCCCAUCCAGCUGUGGUUCGAGCCCAUUAAACAUCACCAGUACCCCUCCACCGGAUACCUGCUCUCCUGGGGGAAAGAAGAUUCACAAUGGAGGGACACCUGAGCUGGCCAGCACUGGGAUCCUUCCUGGGCCCGAUUCCGUUGGCUACCCCUACUCCAACCAGUCCAUCAUGAGCGAGAACUCCCACCUGAGUAUAGACAUCAUGGAUGAGCCCGGCUCCAGCAGCCCCAGCAACGAUGAGGCGGCCAUGGCUGUCAUCAUGUCCCUUCUGGAGGCAGAUGCUGGCUUAGGCGGCCCCGUGGACUUCAGUGAUCUGCCUUGGCCUUUGUAAACAAGCUGAAGGAUCAACAUGCAGAGAGCGAGAGACCCCCUCCCAGCACCAGAGCCACCGGUAGAGAGAGUUCAGUCAAGUGGAAAUGGCUUACCUGUUGCAUUUUCUUUUCGGUUCCCUGCACUCUGUUGCCAACUGCUCUGCAAAAGCGUCCUUCGUGACGUUGUGAAUGAAACGGACACGGAGAUUUAAAUGUAGGAAGUGGACUCCCCGAACUUCAAGGUGAACCCGAAUGAAGGCAUUUCCAUAAUAUAAUGUUAAGGCAGUGAUAGUUACUUUCGCAGAUGGCCUCUCCUUCAAUAGAGCAGUUGCAUUUGGCCCACUGUGCUGUGUCUGCUGACGAAUAGCCUUCUUUCGAACACUGGCUCUCUCUGCUCCGCUGUCAGCUGUCGAGCCCCCAACCGAUCCCAGACUCUCAAACAUGCAGCGGUUCCAGGCUCACAGGUGGUGUUAGUCUGCGAGUGUACAAUGCGGUGUUUGCCGGUGUCCGUUACAGUUGACAUGGGAAGACCAUCACAAUAGUUAACCAUCCGGAUCAUUUGUUAAGAAGACACUUUACCCCAAGAAUUCCACAUGAAGGCAUGCUCAUGUUGCGCGUACAUCCGAGGAAGACAUCCAGCUGUUAUUUCCCUCUGUCACUUCAAUUGUUGAAUUGCGUUUUGUGUCUGAGGUUGAACAACUCAGUCCAAAAACCCUCUUAAAAAGUUGUACUCGGUGGUCCCUUUUGAAGUGGAACUGUGUUUUUCCUCAUGCACAUGAUCGGGGGCAAAAAUUGCCGUGGCCGUCUCGUAUCUCUUCCACAAGCAAACAAAAGAAGUUGUUAGAACGUGACGGGGAGCAGUGGUCCGAUGUGUGUUAAGACUCACACAAUUUCCACUGUCCAAAAACCUACAACAAAAAACAAUGCUUCUCUUCAUUCAGUUGGACAUCAUUAGCAGACUUUGUCCAGGCAAAGACUUCCUGGCAAGCUAAUUAACAUCAAACUCAGACAUAAGCCCUGAACAGAUGUUGAUUGUAUUCUCAGUCACAAAAACUAUUUAAAUCUGGUAUCGAAUGGUGAAAUCAUCCUGAGUGCUACAAAUCUGUUCCCUGAAACGCAGCUGUACCAGCCCAAUAGCUCAUUAAUUAAAAAUAAAUGAAUAAAUGGAGGGAGACUGGCCACGUCAAUUCUCAAAUGAGUGUUAAGGCCACGCUGGAAAGAAAAGUUGCCAUUUAUUCAUUUGUUCAUCUUUAUUUCUGGGAAAGAGGUCAUGUUAAAGUAUGAAGUAAUUUUUUUGAGAAAAACGUCCUCUCCCUAAAGUUUUGGAUGAAAAAUGUUUUAAUAUGAGAACAAAGUCAGUCAUCUUAAUGUUGUUGCUUUUUAGUGGCUUUUUUUCCCCUCACAGAAUCACUUUAUUCUUGAAAGUAUAUAGUCAUAUAUUUUUUUCAGAAAUAUAUAUCAGAAAAUAAAUAAUACGAAAAUCUCAUGUUCAUAUAUUUUUUUUCCCCCCCAAGAAAAAAGUCGUCAUGCUGUGAGUAUGAAAGUCCAUAUGUACACUUGCAUAUUUGAAGUCAUUUUUGGGAGAAAACGCCUAAAUGUUAACCUGUAAUGUAAUUUUCAAGACCUACAAAUAAUAAUAAUAAUAAUCAUGGGUAUGUUGUAUUUGUUGAUGGGAAAAAAAAGUCUGAUUGGCGCAAAAUCCGCCCAUGUGAACCGAAACAAAACAUCCUCCUAACAGUCAACUUUAUUUUCUUUAGGUUAUGACUUUAUGCUUGUGCAGUUACAAAUUUGUUUGCCUAAUUCUCUCCUGUUUUGCAAAUUUGUUCUGGUUAAAAUACAACUUUAUGCUUCUAACAUUGACAAGCACAUAUACAAAGAGUUCCUGUGGCCAUUGCGUUGUUCAGUGCGUGAGAAGAGGUGAGAGUUGUGUCAAGACAAGUUGCAGCAAUGUCACCACAACGCACCUGUGCCCUGAGCAUCUGACAGUUCCUGUUUGACUUGCCUCAUAUAACUUGCUGCUUUGAAGUCGCCCAAAAUGAAACAAAAUCUUACAAAUUAAUUUGAUUUUUUUUUUCCAAGCAUGAUUACAAAAAUGCUUAAAAAAAAUUACAAACCUUAAAUCCACAAAAUGCUUCAGGUACAGUCCUUAUCUUCCGUGUCUUGCAGUUAAAAAGACAAAAAAAUAUAUAUCUUAAAUCCACAAAAUGCUUGCAAAACAGUCCUUAUCUAAUUUGUCUUUAAUUGCUUAUGAAUUAAACCCUAUUUAAUUGGCAAAUUUAGUUCCGUCUUACCUCCAAGUGCGUACUAUACUGAAUUUCGACAAGCCGCAAUACUCUGACCACCACACUCCUCUCCAAUUUUGAUGCAGCAAAUGCUGCGCGAUCGCAUACUGAAACCACACCAACAAGAAAUGCACAGUGCAGAGGUACCGGAUUGAUUCCAGCUCCGGCCUCCCUGUGUGGAGUUUGCAUGUUCUCCCCGGGCUUGCGUGGGUUUUCUCCGGGUGCUCCGGUUUCCUCCCACAUUCCAAAAACAUGCAUGGCAGGCUGAUUUGACGCUCUAAAUUGUCCCUAGGUGUGGGUUUGGGUGUGGAUGGUUGUUCGUCUCUGUGUGCCCUGUGAUUGGUUGGCAACCAGUUCAGGGUGUCCCCCGCCUACUGCCCGAAGACGGCUGGGAUAGGCUCCAGCACCCCCCGCGACCCUAGUGAGGAUCAAGCGCUUUGGAAAAUGAAAAAAUGGACAACCCAUUAGACCGCUGACAAUCGUGCAAUCUUAACCACUUUCCUGUACACACUUUGUUGUAGUCUUGAAAGCAACAAGAAGCUACAGCAUCCAUUAUCGAAAAAGAGAGAUUGGCUCUGUCCCAUGUAAAUCCGCUUCAAUUCCAAGCCGCGACUCCCAGUUCCACAUACGCAUCUACCUCUGACUGGUCACUUAAAACUUACCUUUUAUAAAGGUAUCAUUUUGGAUCCAGCUCGAGUAUUGGAUAUCAUGUACGGUGUUGUGCAAGUGGUCACAAUAUAUUGGCUGGUCACACUCAACUCAUGCUAAAGAACACCACAAGACAUUAUUCUCACAAGCCAAGCCAGAUCUCUUUUAAAAGUGAUCAAAAUAUCUUAGUCACCUAACUUUUUAGAUAUUUUUAAAUUAUCGUUUAAAUAUCCAGUCAGGUCACUCGGUUUGGGAGUAAUUUAACUAAAAUACUAGGUUCAACUAAAAUUUUACCUUUAAUUUUAGAUUAAAAUUUAAUCUAAAAUUAAUAUAAAAAGUGAUUUGAAAUAUUUUUUGGAACAUGCCACCGAAGCUAGUUCUCUCCAUACGGGCAGUUUUGUUUUUUUGUAUUCAUUGUAAUUACUUGCUCUUACAAGUCUGUAUUUAAAAUUCGAUAUAGCACUCAGUAAUAACAUUAUCAGCGCAACCCCCAUUCCGGCUCGCUCAGUCAGUCCGGCAGCAGCUGUUGACGUUGUUCACUCUUUGUCUGUUGUAGUGUUUCUUUUCUGUGUUUGAAAUGCUAGACACUACAAUAAAGUAUUCCCCAUGUCGAUUACCUGUCCGCCAUCGGACAAUAAUGUAUCAAACUAUAAAUAAUAUGUUAAGAGUAUACUUUCUGCAAAUAUAUGAUUAUGAUGAGUGUAUUGUAUCAGCAGUGAAAUAUUUUUAAAAUAAAACUAUUUGUUUCUGUC